UAGCCCCAAAAUGUGUACAACUUCAAAGUUGCUCAACUGUUGCACAGGGGAUCAACUACUGCAUUUGAAGACACUGCCACCUGCUGACAUGUGCCUCAAAUGUGAUUAUCAAAGAGUCCUCAACAGCCAUUUGAGUUAGACAGCUACAUAGAUUUGAUUUGACAGUUAUAAAUUACAUCCAGGGGGAAGAUACCACCAGUCCGGUCCCUUACACGCCUUUCUUGUGACGUAUUAUGCGCGGCCAUAAAACGGUGACCUAUUGUGACGUAACCAAGCAUCAAUUCGCUACAUGAACUGUGUUCAGCUUUGAUAUCAACAGUACAAUCUCUUUCUUCAAUCAGGUUGUUUCAGCUAAUCUUUUGCCGCAUAGUCUGCCCUAGCUGACGCUGUGCAGAGAAUACUAAGAUUGGAAACGGUUGGUUAGACCCGUUCGCACUGCACAAGAAAACAAAAUGGAUCGUAGUGAUGAGAGAAUCAGAAGAGCUUUAAGGCGCCGCCCUUAUGUGUUGAAUCCAGUGAGGGUGAACUCCCCUGAUUCUGUGAUGUGGCCAACCGGUAAGGUGCACAGAAGACCAAGGCCUUCUACUUCAGCGCAGACCCCUCAGAUCCACAAAAGGCCUCCAAUCAUUGAGAACUGUGGGCAGGAACAGACAUCUGGGGAUGGACGGGACAUGAAUUCAGAGCCUCUCAGCCAGUCUGGAAGGGUGACUCGGCUGAUGGAGAGAAAUUAUGAUGGGGUGAUCUCAUCCUCCAACUCUGAUGACAUCUCUAUAUACUCCUUCACUGACUGUGAAUCUGAGUCUGAUGAGGAUCAUGAAAGGAGGACACCACCGCUGAUAGUGAAGGAUAAGGAGGAUGGAAAGGUGACAAAGUUUGAAGUGAGGGAAAUGGUAGAGGACGACAAUCUGUCUCUCCACUCCUUGGAUGAUUCAGACUUUCUGAAUAUUGUGGCCAAGCCCAACAUCCUUCUCCCUGCCUCUGUGAGUGCCCUGAAGAAGGCAUCGCACCUGAUCGAGUUGGUCCCUACUGUCCAGCCCUGCAGGGAGCAGCUGGACAAGAAGACACAGUGGACCAACACCAACGAGGAGAGCCUGAGGAGGAUCAAAAAAAAACUGGCCUCCAUAGAGCUCGACCUGGAGGAAGGCCUGAACAAGGUCAACGACGGUCAGGACAUCAACCAAGAGAGGCAGAAGAAUGAGGGAUGCUUCAGAGCCUGGAUUGAGAAGUGGAUGGGGAGGAGGAAGGAGGAAAGACUGAGGGAUGAAGAUGUGAAUAGGCAAGACAAAGGGAGGAUGGGCGAGGAAGUGAGGGCACUGAUCCAAGUGAUGAAGAGAAACUGCAGUGAAAGUGAUCUUGAGGCAGUAAACCUGGACAGUUGGCUGAAUGACUUGGAAAGGUUGAAAGUGGCCUUCAAGAAAUGCACUGGAGAGAUGGCCGAAAUGAGCCCAGGGAAAGUCUCUGGUCCUGUGUCUGGCCUCUCUCCUCUUGUGACCUCAGCACCCCGGACCCUGGCUGAAGCCCUACAAGCCCUGCCCUCUGCUGUGGCCCGUCCCUCCCAAAAGGAUGUCCCAAAGCCUCCGACACCUCCAAGCCCUGUCUCUGUUAUUGUUGCUUCGCCUGCUGUGGAGUACUUACCAUACCACCGCAGCCCUCGCCUGGCCCCAAUCACCAACCUGAGUGAGAACGGCAGGAAGCUGCUCCAGAAAAUGUCAGGAGUGACGCCACAGGAAAGGAAGGUCAAAAGGAAAAAGACCAAGGGAAAAAAGCAAGUGAAGAAAGAGAAGGCCAGUAAGAUGCAGCAGGUGGAAAAUGUUGGAGAACGUAAGGAGGACAAGAAAGAGGAAAAGAAGAGUCUGAGGAAGAGGUUUCUCCAGUGGCUGCUGCCCAAACUGAGAUGUUCGAAAAAAUAAUGGCCAACUACUACUACAACACACGCACGCACGCACGCACGCACGCACGCACGCACGCACGCACACACACACACACACACACACACACACACACACACACACACACACACACACACACACACACACACACACACACACACACACACACACACACACACACUAUUGAUAUUGGUCUCAUUGUUAUAUUUUGAGACAUGCACCAUUUUUUUUAAAUAAAAAAAGACCCAAUAAUUAUAUUGGUUCCCAUACAGCCUA